UUUCACACAUGAAUGUCAUGAUUUCAUGAUUGGCCUGCAAAUAAAAAGAUGUACUGGUUUGAUAAGGUGUGUUGGAAGGUAUGUCUCGUCCUCGAGUGAGCGAGAAAGCUUCAUCAAAGACCCAGUCUCUUCAUUUAGCCCUUAACGACAUGUCCAGGAAUUACUCAUCUUCUCGUACUAGUGGUGGGCCUGUUGGCCGCUCUAUCAAUAACGAUCCAGGAGUAGGAGGAGAGGAAAGGAGCUCUAGCAAGAGGGACAGCGUAGAUCCCAUAGACUCACUUACCAUUAGGAGCAGGAAAAGAUCUAGAGAAGAUUUCUCAUUUAAGAGCUGCUUUACUUCAUUCUGUCAAAAACUCUACAAUUUCACAAUUGCUUCUUGUCAAUAUUCUUUCUGUUACUUUUGUUACUCGAAAGUUCGGAGGGGGAGUUACCAAAAUAUGGAAAAUUUUGAAAAUGAACCUGACGGAUCUACAGAGGGGAUAAGAGCCGAGAUAGAGGCAAUGAAAUCCGAAUUGAAGUUCCAUUUUAUGAAUCCGUUUCAAAAGUGGAAGUACGAUAAGAGGAGGCGUUUUCCAUGGAAACUGCUCGUACACAUGAUUGUCAUAACACUGGUGACCAUACAAUUAUGUGUUUGUGCCGAAGAGAGGAGAGAGCUCAAGACAUUUGUUUUUAACAACAGGGACACGUUUAAUGAUUUAUUUAUAAUUAAACCAAUUGCCAAUGACAGACAUGAUCCCUUGAAUUAUUAUGGCAAAGCCAGUGCAGGGACUAUCAGAAAGAUAGAAGAUCUUUGGGGACAGAUUAACCACACUAUUAUUACAUAUUAUUCAAUCAAGACGAUUGCCAUUGGUCCUUAUCAGUAUGGCUCUGAAGAUGAUUCCAACACUCUCCCUCCGCCUCUUAUACUGGAUUUGAUAUUAUUUGAUUACAAAAAUUCAACCACCACUAUAUCAAUAAGUAAAGAUGCUGAUAUUCAUGAAUUAUUGUAUGAUAAUGGUGUAUCAAGGAGUGUUACAAACAUUGAUUCAAUGACAUUUAAGUUUAACUUGAGCUCAUUUUACAAGGACCAGAACUUUUAUUUGUGCGCUACCUUUCACAUUGAGAUUGAAUUGAAAAACAAUGUCAUUGAUGGUACAAUGCCUGUUUACCUGAGAGCUGAGUCAGAGUUUGAUCCAUGCGAGGAUGAUGAUGGUGAUCAAAAGAGAUUGAACUAUAGAGGCUCCACUCAGCAUGACUCCGUGUUACUUGCUGUACUAGGCAGUCUUGUACUCCUGUUCACUAUCAUAUCUACUGCACAGUGCAUUAGAUCAUUAGUUACUUCUGCCAGAUUCACUAAGAGAGUCAAGAAUUUCUUUCUCAAGCAUUUCAACUAUAAGCUCUCGUUGUCAGAGUAUCUUCCAUUGUACAAUGUCUGGUUCAUGGGAGUUAUAUGUAGUAAUGUAUUAGUAGUCGUGGGUACUAUCAUGUUCCUGUUUACUGCAUUCAUUAAUGAAGGUGCAUUAUUUGAACUGAGCGAUGUCAGUAGCAUCAUCUUUGGCAUGGGAGUCUUCUUCCAGUGGCUUGGCUUGCUGAGGUUCCUGAGCUAUUUUGAUAAAUACAAUAUACUGUUGAUCACAUUAAGACUGGCUAUACCCAGUGUCAUUCGUUUCAUGGUCUGUGGUUUCAUAUUUUAUGUUGCCUUCCUUCUUCUGGGCUGGCUAGUAUUAGGACCCUACCAUCCAAAGUUUGCUGAUCCAUCAGUGACCUCAGAGUGUCUCUAUUCUCUCAUCAAUGGAGAUGACAUGUUUAAUACAUACAUACAAAUGGACAGCUCCUCUUUCUCUGCUUUCAUAUUCUCAAAGAUAUAUCUCUACGUGUUUAUUUCACUCUUCAUUUACGUGGUGCUUUCAGUGUUUAUCUCAUUGAUAUCAGACACUUACGAGACAUUGCAUGAAGUAUGGACUGUAAGGUCACGAGGUUUCUUGCAGGAUUUUGCAAACGACUGUCUGAUUGAGACGACUGAUGAGGGACAGACCAGUCAAACAAAUAUUGACAACGACUUUGAAGUUUUAACAGGAUCCAAUCGUGGCUCUACUGAUAAUUCUCCUCUUCUUCAUCGUCCAGUCACUACUUAUCUUGGUCGUAGCGGCCAGUUUAGGACCACCACUCCCACUGUUCAUCUUCACCCAGCAGCCAAUAGCCCAUUAGGACAGACAAGAGUAACAGCAAGUUAUAGUGCUAUUAAUAAUAAUAAUAAUAAUUCUUCUCCUGAAAUGGAGCGAGCACCAUUGCUAUAUCCUCGACUUACAGGAAGUCGUAAUCAUGUUUGAUCAUCUUCUCAAUGCUGUGUAUGUAAUGUAUGUAUGUACAUGUAUAUUCAAUCAAAAUUAUAAACUAACUUCUAUCAGGAGUUCUGUAUUGUCUUAUUAUUAUUAUGGGACUCUGUUGCUGGUACUUUUGUGAUAUUUUUGUGCUGAUUUCGAUCAGCUGCACUUAAUGAUAUAUUUUUAUUACUUUAAAUUAAAAAGAAA